UGAAAAUCUAGAAGUUCACAUGUUGGACGGUAAUAUUUUAGAUGCCAAGGUGCAAACGGCAUAUAUUUUAAACAUAACUGUAGAAAGAUAUGAAGACUUAAUACCAAAUAUCAGAAAUAAAAGAGGAAUAUUAAACCCUUUAGGAACUGUAUUGAAGGUUAUUACAGGUAAUUUGGAUAACGAAGAUGCUAUUCGUUAUGAUACACUUAUAAAAAGUAUUCAGUCGAAACAAAAUGCUAUUAAUAAAAGAAUAACAGUGGUUUCCGAAAUAGUGGAUACACUUGUUGACUUAACUAAUUCUACGAGAAAUAAUUUUAUCGUACUGGGAAAAACCAUAGAUGAAAUGGAGUUACUUUUAAAUAGAACCCAUUUUCAAAGAAUUAAGGAAUUAGUUAUAAAUACGUAUAAUUUAUUAACCCAUAAUUUUCAAAUAUUAUUAUCUAGACUAGAAGAGGUCGAAACAAUAAUAGCAUUUAGUAGACUAAACGUUUUACAUCAAUUUUUAUUUAAUUAUAAUGAAUUGUUUAAUAUUUUAAAGGAUAUCGAAAAGGUCGAUAAUCUUAUUUUACCUGUAACCUAUAGAAAUCUUAUUAAUAUAGAAAAACAUAUUAAUAUUAAAGCAUUUGUGAAAAACAAACAAAUAACGUUUAUCCUAUCAGUUCCUACGAUACAAUUGGAAAUGUACAGUUAUUAUCAGUUACAUCCUUUCCCAAUGUUUAACCCAAACAUAAAUGAAACCCUACUAAUAAACCCUAAAUAUUCCUUUAUCCUCGUGAAAGAGUUGAAAAUUUUAGCGCUCAUGAAGCCAUGUAAAGAAAUCAUAGAGGAUAAAUUUAUGUGUCAAGAGAAUGAUAUAUCCCCAACAAAUGAGGAUAAUUGUAUAAUGGAUUUAAUGAAGUUUGCAGCCGACAUAACUUCGUGUUCACCUAUAAAAGUAACAGCGAAGAAUAUUAAAUUAAAAUCCAUAACAAAUAAUAAAUGGAUAGUUUAUACUGCAAACCAUAUUUUUAUGAAAGAAUACUGUGAAAAUGAUAUGAACCAAUAUGAUUUAUUUGGCACAUAUACACUUAUUUUAAAUGAAGAUUGCAGAAUACAGUUGGGAAACAUAACAUUGAGGAAACGUCACUACCAGGGACAGCCAGCUGAAAUUAAAAGGAUGCCUGUGGUGAAUCUACCAGAGAUAACAGCGCACCCUAAGUUCCAGAAGACACCCAUCAAUUUGGAUGAUGUUGAUAUCGAAAAUCUACAGCUGAUGUCGAAAAUAUUAAAGGACAAUAAAGUGGAUAGUGAUGAAGAACAGUUAAUUGUGAACACUAAAAGUGUUAGCAUAGGCACUAUUAUAAUAUAUGUAAUUUUAUUGUGUAUACUGGUAAUACUUGUAAUUAGAUAUAAAAAUAAAAUUGUAUCAAACAUUAGAAAACGAUGUAAUCAAAAUCAUCAUCUUCGAACCUCAGAUGACGAUUUUGAACUAAAGGAGGGAAGAGUUAAGUGCCCUACUACCCUUUAUCCUACUGUUGUGACUACUUUAAACAAUGGAUCGUAAGGUGUAGUAUGACACAUUUACUGCGAAUCAGUUAAUGGUUCUUUGUAUUGGUCACGCCACCAAUAUCCCCACCUCCACAUAUUGUAAACAAUAUUCAAGUAUAAAUACGAGGCUCUGCGAAGCCUCGGGGAAUUCAUUCUUGUAACGUUCAUCUGUCAACAUGUAACACCGCUCAGUUAAUUAUAAAAAA